UCCCUUUAAACUUCGCUUCGGUCUGAAAUGCUUCGCAGGUAAUGAGAAGAGAGGAACAAUCCAUGUACGGUGAAAAUCGGAUAAAAUGUCUGCUCUUCGUAAGAAAUUUGGAAGCGACUAUCAGGUAGUGACCACCACAUCUUCCAGCCAUCAUCAGAAAGACAAGAGGAGGAAACGACAGCGAUUUGUCGACAAGAACGGACGAUGCAACGUCCAGCAUGGAAACCUGGGUGGGGAGACCAGCAGAUAUCUCUCAGACUUAUUCACAACUCUAGUAGACCUCAAAUGGCGAUGGAACCUCUUCAUCUUCAUCCUCACAUACACAGUAGCCUGGUUAUUCAUGGCUUCGAUGUGGUGGGUCAUCGCAUACAUCAGAGGCGACCUGUACCGAACCCAUGAUGAGAAGUACACACCAUGCGUGGCCAACGUCUAUAACUUUCCCUCUGCUUUCCUGUUCUUCAUUGAGACAGAGGCCACUAUAGGAUAUGGCCACAGAUACAUCACUGAAAAAUGUCCAGAAGGAAUCAUUCUCUUCCUGUUUCAGUCCAUCUUGGGCUCCAUAGUGGAUGCAUUUUUAAUAGGCUGUAUGUUUAUUAAGAUGUCUCAACCCAAGAAGAGGGCGGAGACUUUGAUGUUUAGUGAAAACGCAGCCAUCUCCAUGCGCGACGGCAAACUCACGCUGAUGUUCAGGGUGGGAAAUCUGCGCAACAGCCACAUGGUUUCAGCCCAGAUCCGGUGUAAAUUGCUCAAGUCCCGACAGACGCCCGAGGGUGAGUUCCUCCCCCUGGAUCAGCUGGAGCUGGAUGUGGGCUUUAGCACCGGAGCGGACCAACUCUUUCUCGUGUCACCACUCACAAUCUGUCAUGUGAUCGACACCAAGAGCCCCUUCUAUGAGCUCUCACAGCGAUCCAUGCAGACAGAGCAGUUCGAAAUAGUCGUGAUUUUGGAGGGUAUUGUUGAAACGACCGGCAUGACUUGUCAAGCGCGGACGUCGUACACAGAGGAUGAGGUGCUGUGGGGCCACAGAUUCUUCCCGGUCAUCUCUCUGGAGGAGGGCUUCUUUAAAGUGGAUUAUUCUCAGUUCCACGCCACAUUUGAGGUUCCCACACCUCCCUACAGUGCGAAAGAGCAGGACGAGGCCUUACUCAUGUCCUCUCCACUCAUGGCCCCAUCUCUGUGCAACAGCGGAGAGAAGAACAGCUCCCUGGACUGCCUGGAACUGCUUGAGGAUCAGGAGAGCACGACCAAAUUACCAGCCAAGGUGCAGAAGAUGACAGGUAGAGACGGGCUGCCCAGGAAGCUCCUGAGAAUGAGCUCCACCACAUCAGAAAUGACAUACAGCCUUGGCGAACUGCCCAUGAAGCUCCAACGCAUCAGUUCUGUGCCUGGGGUCUCGGAGGAAAAGCAGGUUUCCAAGACAACUAAGAUUGCCACAGAGGCCAUCAGCAAAUCGGUUGCGGACUUGCCACCGAAACUGCAAAUACUGGCUGGGGGAGGAGGCCGCAUGGAUGGACAUCUGCCCCCCAAACUCCGAAAGAUGAACUCUGAUUGUUUCACAUAGAAGAACUUGUGUUUUUCAGCUGCUGUCAAAAGGGCCCUCAUAUAAUUUGAGAUGUUAAGCUUGUAUAUAUAUAGAGAGAGAGAUAAACCAUAUAUGCAGUACCAAUGAAGUAGGUU